AUGCCUCCGAAAGCUGCGUCGAAGAAGGGGGCGGAAAAGGGUCAAUUCGAGCACCCGGUCGCUUCCCACGCCAAGAAGAAACCGAGAGGGCCGUACCCCAUCGAGCCCGUCAAAGCUCUGUACAUCUUCUUGGCUGCCAACGCCGUGGCGGCCCAGUUCGCGCCAAUCCAGGAUUGCGAUGAGACCUUCAACUACUGGGAGCCUGCCCACUACCUCUCCCACGGCUAUGGCCUUCAGACGUGGGAGUACUCGCCCAAGUACACCAUCCGCAGCUGGCUGUACGUGGCGCUGCACGCCGUGGUCGGCAGUCUUCGCCGGCUGCUGCCGCAGUCGUCCAAGGUGGCCGAGUUCUACUACGUUCGUUUCGUCCUCGGGCUCCUUUGCGCCUUCUGCCAGACUCUCCUGUACAAGUCCAUCUCGACGGCGUUGAACGGGAGGAUCGCCAUCAUCUUCUUGAUAGCCACAGUCACAAGCCCCGGAAACUUUCACGCGAGCGCGGCGUUUCUGCCGUCCAGCUUCGCCAUGUACAUGUGCAUGCUCGGUGCGGCCUCGUUCAUGAACUGGCGUGGUGGCUUGAAGACGUCCCGAGGCAUCUUCUGGUUUGCCGUGGGGAGCAUUCUCGGCUGGCCCUUUGCGGCCGCUCUUUGCGCGCCCUUUGUUCUGGAAGACGCCGUGCUCAACUUGCUCGGCGACAAGAAUGCGUUUUCGGAUUUCCUCAUCCGCCUCGCUCGGGGCAUCGUGUCGGCGCUCCUCAUUCUGCUGUUGGACUCUUUGGUCAACCUCUACUUCUACAAAAAGGUCGCCGUCGUUACCUGGAACAUCAUCAAGUACAACAUCUUUUCGUCCAACGGCGGCCCCGAUCUGUACGGCACGGAGCCCUGGACGUUUUACGUUAAGAAUUUGGCCUUGAACUUCAACAUCUGGUUCCUGCUCGCCUUGCUCGCCUUUCCACUAUUCGUCGCGCAGAAAUUCAUGGCACCAUCCGGGCACGCCGGUCCGACGGGACUGCGCACCGUCGUCUUUGUCGCCCCUUUCUACCUGUGGUUGGCCAUCUUCACCGCCCAGCCCCAUAAGGAGGAGAGAUUCAUGUACCCGGCCUACCCGUUUCUCGCCUUGAACGCGGCGUUGUCCGUGCACACGAUCCUUUCCGCCAUCGGCAACGCGGAUCCGAAGACGCUCAUGGGCAAGAUUCCCGCGCGGCUGAAGCUACUCGCCGUCACCGCCGUCGUCCUUUUGUCACUCAACAUGGGCCUCGCGCGCAUGUAUGGCGUCUACUCCGCAUACCGGGCCCCGUUCAGCAUCUACGAACCCUUGUGGGGGGACGACGACAAGAACAUCAAGGCUGUUGGUGGAGAGGGGGACUUUGUCUGCUAUGGAAAGGAGUGGUAUCGCUUCCCCUCCUCCUACUUUUUGCCACGCCACAUGCACGCGAAAUUCAUCCGCUCCGAGUUCCGUGGUCUGCUGCCCGGUGAGUUCUCCGAGGCCAAGACUGGAUUCGGUUUCUGGAGCGGCACCUGGCUGCCGACAAGCGGCUUGAACGACCGCAACGAGGAGGACGCGAGCAAGUACGUCGAGCCCAGCACGUGCUCCUUUCUGGUGGACACGCAGUAUCCUGAGCGACAGGAUGAGCUGCCGCCCAACGAACCCGAUUACAUGGAGGAUUACGACACUUGGCAAGUUGUCAAGUGUGAGCCGUUUCUUGACGUCGCAUCGACACAUAUUCUGGCUAGGAUUAUUUGGAUCCCUGAUUGGGACCUUGUUCCCGAAAUGUUCCAGAGAAAAUGGGGCCGGCAUUGCCUGCUGCAGAAAAGGGCGUGA